UAGCCAUCUGGCUAUUUACACCUGUGAUGUCUACGUUACGGCAGCGCAUACAGCAAACUAGCUAUCACUUUCUCGGUUAGCCAGAUAUGUGAAAUGGCUUUAGCCAGUGGCCAUUGGAUUGACAAGGAAAUCAAAGGAGGACCACCAAACCCCAGAUAUGGCCAUGCUAUUGCUGUAGCAAGGAAUGUAGUAUUCUUGUUUGGAGGUGUUUCAACAAUGAACUCCCUGGAAGAUGAGCCAGUGUAUUUGAAUGAUUUAUACAUGAUCACCGUUACACCAACUAGCAUCGUCUGGGAAGUGAUGACUCAGAAUGGACAAAUACCAGCUGCUAGAGAAGGACACAGUCUUUGUAUGGUUAAAGGGAAGCUCUACCUAUUUGGUGGCUCAUCAGUUCCACAAGCCAGAGAAUGUCUCCCAGGAGUCUAUUGCUUUGACAUUGAGCUUCUUACAUGGGGCGACUUGAAGGCAGGCGGAGUUCCUAUGAGAACCUUGAAGCACAGCUCGGCCACUGUGGGUGACAACAUAUAUGUCUUUGGAGGGAUUCUGGAUGGCGUUGCCAGAGAUGAUCUUCUGAUGUUCAAUACAGUGUCAAAGACCUGGACUCCAAUCAAGACCACAGGGGAUGUGCCACCUGCAAGAUUUAAUCACAAUUUUGCAGUAGUCAAUGAGCAGAUCUACUUGGUUGGAGGUUGCUCAGUGGAUGACCGCUUGUUCAAAGAUGUUCACAUUCUGAAUACGGGUACCCUCGUGUGGCAGAAAUGUGACGUGAAAGGAGAGUUCUCUCCUGCCUGCAGAGGUCAAACUCUCACAGCCCAUCAUGACAAGGACAUUUACUUGUUUGGGGGAAUUUGCCUCAGUGAAAAUGGAGUUGUAACUUCAACAAAUGAAAUACACAAGUUAAGCAUUGCAAAAAUGAAAUGGAAGGUUCCGCUCUAUGUAGGGAUUCCUCCGGCCAGUCGCUACGACCACACAGCGUUCAUCAUCCACAGCCAUCUUUAUGUGUUUGGAGGCAAAAAUGAAGUUACAGAAUUCAAUGACAUAAAGAUUAUGAAAUUAAUCAACCCCUCGGAAAGACAGCCAGUAAUGAAAGAGAUCCUGUCUGAAUUUGGAAUCCAAGGUGUUAGUAACGGAUUUGCACCUACAAGAAUUCCCAAUGUCAAGUACGAGCUGAGUGAUUCUACUUUUCCUGCAAGAAUGGAACCCUUGCCUCAUGUUCAAACUACAGACCACAGAGAUUUCAGCAUUGCACGUAAUGAGGCCUUGAACAUGAUCCGUAAGGCAUUCUCCAUGCUAGACGAGGAGUUUCAAAAGCUGGACUGUGAAAAGUCAAAGCUUGGUCAAGCUGCAGUUGCUCUGCAGUAUGAGAGAGAAGCUUUCAAUGCUCAUCAUCAAAAACAGCAGCAGGAACUUCAGGAAAUGCUGGAGAGACACAAGGCCCAGAAUGAAGCCUGGCUACGAGCGCGGGCAGAAGAGAACGACAGGGAGAGAAGGGAACUGUGCAGACUGAGGGAGGAUGUGUUGCUGGAGCAAGAUAAACUAAAAGAAGAGCAGAAGAACAUUCAGAAACGAAGUGAACAGCUUCUCUCUAUCAUGCAACAGUUCAAAGGCAUGUAAAAGCAAUGUCUUAGCCACAUCGUCACUGUUAGCACCCAGAUUUGCUUAAAUGGUUUGCUUGAUCACAAUCUACAGGGUUGAUAAUGCACAUCUUUUAUAAAACAGACUUGUGUUUUUGUCUGUUUGUAUUUAAAUUUUUGAAAUAGCUGUGAUUAACUGUCUGUGUCCAUUCAGAGUACUUUUUAAAAACGGUCAUCGUAUUCUUGAAGCAACACGAUCACAAGUUGACACAGACAAACAAAUGAAUAAAAAAAAUAGUUGAGAUUUGUUUUUGGAAAACUGACUUGAUUGAUAUGAUAGAGAAGGCUGCAUUUGUAGGUACAGUGUAUUGAUCUGUGUGCAGUAAUUUGUGAUUUCAAUAUCCAAAAAAUAUCAUAACUAUACAAUAAAUUCUAAUGAUACAG